CCUCCCUCUUCCACGACAGGACAAUCCUGCACCGGGGCUUUCUAUCGGCCUGAAUGCUUCAAUAUGGCUGACCUAUCUCCGGGCCAUGUGGUCACUUUGACCGACGGUCGGCAGGCCACCGUUCGGUUUGUUGGCUCGACACAAUUCGCUGCGGGAGACUGGAUCGGCGUGGAAUUGGACGAGCCCACGGGCAAGAACGAUGGCUCAGUUCAAGGAGAACGAUACUUCGACUGCGAACCGGGAUUUGGCAUGUUCGUUCGGCCCACUGCCAUCGCUGCAAUUAUUGAACAGCCCGCUCGACCGACUAAGCCAGCCGCUCCUAAGGGGAAUGCCACCACCACCCCGGCCAGCCGAAGUCGCGCCCAAAGUGGUGUCACCCCAGGGAACUCCGGACUCAAGAGACCGACUUCCCUGUCGUCUGCGACUGCAAAGAGACAUAGCGCCGGGGCUUCGAGUCCGACCUCGGCCCUGAGAGGAGCCGCUCAACGCUUGUCAACAAAGUCCCCUACGAAGUCACCGACGAAACCCUCCUCCACGCCCCUCUCGAACAGAUCGUCUGCAAGCAGCACACCGCGGCCGUCUGCGGUGGCACCCAAGACUCGGACAUCCAUCAGCUCCAAGACGUCUAUGGGCCCGCCAGCUCCUCCUUCGGCGACAACUCGCGCAUCACGGCCUUCAAUAUCUGCACCAGCUAGCAGGACUGGCAGACCCAGUGUCCAGGGUACAGCGUCGGCACCGUCAGGAUUGACAAAGCGACCUGUGCUCCGGCCCACGGGCUCAAACAAGGCAUCGGAAGAAGCAGAAAGUGUAGCAAGCCCUCAGUCUGAGGAGUUGGAGACAAGCUCUCAUGAUGUCGAAGAGGAGGGUGCAGAUGAUGCGGAUCUGGCGCCCAAGGCUCCGAAGCCCACACCGAGUUCUUUGCGGACAGCUACUAGCCAAAGACCCCAACCCACUCCGUCACAUCGACAGUCGCUAAGUGGCAAUAUUGUAGCAAGGGAGCUAGAUGAGCUGAAAACUAAGCUCCGGGUCAUGGAAAAGAAACGGGCUGACGACCGCGAGAAGCUAAAGACUUUGGAACAACUUCAGUCGGAACGAGACAAGUUCGAAGGCAUCAUCCAGAAGCUGCAAGCGAAGUAUCAGCCGCAGCAGCUUGAGAUUAACGAGCUACGGAAGAAGCUGAAAGAUUCGGAAGCGAGGCUCGAGGAAGUCGAGCGACUCCAGGCGGAACAUGAUUCGCUUAUGGAAAUGGCCACUCUGGACCGCGAAAUGGCGGAAGAGACCGCGGAUGCUUUCAAGCACGAAGUGGAGACUCUCAGGUUGAGGGUUGAAGAGCUCGAACUGGAAGCGGAGGUUCUGCGCGAAGAAAAUGAGGAACUUGGCCAGGUCAUGAGCCCGGAAGAAAAGUCCAGCCAUGGAUGGUUGCAGAUGGAGAAGACGAAUGAUCGUCUUCGAGAGGCUCUUUUACGCCUCCGUGAUAUGACCCAGCAGCAGGAAGCGGAACUCAGGGAUCAAGUCAAGGAGCUUCAGCAGGAUUUGGAGGAAUAUACCGCCAUCAAGUCUAAAUACGAGAAGACAAAACAGAAGCUGCUCGUAGCGGAAAACAAUGUGGAACACCUGAAGCAGCAAUUGGAGACGGCCCUUGGGGCUGAAGAAAUGAUCGAGGAACUUGCCGACAAGAACAUGCGUUAUCAGGAGGAUAUCAACGAAUUAAAAGCAGCCAUUGAGGAUCUGGAGGCUCUGAAAGAGAUCAACGACGAACUUGAAUACAACCACAUCGAGACGGAGAAACAGCUGCAGGAGGAGAUUGACUACAAGGACGGUCUCUUCACUGAGCAAAGUCGCCGGCUCGCCCAGCAAGACGAAGUCAUCGAGGAUCUAGAAUACACGCUUGUCCGCUUCCGAGAGCUAGUCUCUACUCUUCAGGGAGACCUGGAAGAUAUGCGUGCAUCCCAACAGAUCUCCGAAGCAGAGGCUACUGACCUCUCCACGCGCUCCCGGGCCAUGAUGGACCUUAAUCUUAAGCUUCAAGCCUCGGUUUCAAAGGCGCAAACGAAGACAAUCGACAUUGAACUCAACCGUAUGGAAGCAGAGGAAGCGGCGCAGCAUUUGUCCAUUACCAAGCUGUAUCUUCCCGAAUACUACGAGAGUGAGCGGAAUGCCGUUCUCGCGCUUCUGCGCUUCAAGCGCGUGAGCUUCAAGGCGACUUUGAUGACCAGCACUUUCCGUGAGAAGGUUUCCGAACAGGCGUCUGUAUCUACUCCCCUCGAAGACCUCUUCAUUGCCCACGAGGUCAUGGAGAAGCUCUUGUAUAUUGCUUCUCUCUGCGAUCGGUUUGUGAACUACAUCACGAACUGUUCUUCCGAAGGGUUUGAGAGUAUGAAAGGAGCCUUGUUCGAGAUGGAGCCGGUUGAGCGCACCUUAAACUUCUGGUUGGAAGCUCUGAAGAAGAACGACGUGAACAUGAAAAAGUGUGCUGUUGAGCUGCAGCGGUCUAUUGCACUCUUGUCCCAUCUCACCGAGACUCUUCUUCCCAGCUCCUUGGAAACGUUCGCCGACGAGCUGUGCAUGCGCUCCAUGUUGGCCCAGGCCUACACCGACCACGCAGCCUCGGCAAUCUCACGUCUCAAGUCGCUGUUCCAGUCGAAGCUUGUGGUGCCAGAAGGCGGCGACGAAGAGCACACCUUCCUGUACAACAAGAUGGAAGGCCUUGUGUCUCAAGCUCGAGGUCUAAAGGUUGCCAUGGGAAAGAUUAACCGCUCCCUGGAAGAUCUCCGCUCGAGGUCUCUUGCUCUCUCGCAGGACGUUGUCGGCCCUUUCAAACAAGCUGAAGAGGCCGCCAAAGACUUGUCUGAUCUGACUCGCCAGAUUGGAGAGAACAUCGUCUUCCUCAUCAUCGACGAAAGCCGCACGCAGCCUCUAUCCCUGGAAGAAGCAUUGAACACCAUGUCUCAGAUCUCCACCCUCUACGCCCAGCCCUCCGAAACAGGAAGCGAAAGCAGCGAUACGUUGUUCCUCAUCGGCAACCGACUCCGCAGCCUCGGCGGCCUCCUCGAGGAGCUCGACUCCAUCACGUCCGAUCUGUCCAUCACGACAGAAUUCGAGCGGCGUCCCUCCCCAUGGACCGUCCGAUCCGCAGAGCUCAAAUCCAACAAAACCAUCUCCCCCGACGCCGACGAAGAGAUCCGUCGCCUGAAGAAUGAGAUCCACGAAGCAUCCACCGCCCUCGGCGUCAAAGACCAAGCUAUCGAAGAGCAAGCCAUCAAGGUCGAGCUCGUCGAGUCCCGGAUGCGCGAAGCCAGCAAAAAGGCAUCAAUGGUGAAAGACCUAGAAGCCGAGCUGGAGAAGAUCCGCACCCGGGAAACCGAACUCACCUCCACCGUCGAAAAGCAACGCAAAGACCUCGAAGCCCUCGAAGCCGAGCGCGACGAGAUCAAAUCCCGCCUCGACAAAGUCAAACGCAUCUCCGGCACCACCGGCGCCACCACAACCGAAGGCAUCGCCGUCGACGCCGGCGUCUCCCUGGCCACCAUGCGCGAGAACGAAGCCCUCCGCGCCGAAGUCGAAAGCCUCCAAGCCGCCGUCCGCUACCUCCGCGAAGAAAACCGACGCGCCAACAUGCUCGACCCCUUCUCCGUCCAACGCUCAGCAGACCUCUACUCCUGGCUCGACGUCCCCCUCACCUCUGCCCCAACCACAACAAACCCCACCACCGAAAAACUCCACCAAACCGCCCACGAAAGCAGAGAAGUCUUCACCCACCUCCUCAAACUCACCAAAGACUCCAACAUCUGCGACCUCAAAUCCACACUUACCACCUCCAACUCCACCAAUACCCGAACAGGCUGGCGCCCCUCCAAAACCAAACUCCGCUACCAAGUCCUCCGCCAGCGCGAAAAUUUCUCCCGCUGGGCCGAAUGGCGCGACGAAAUCAUCUCCCAUGAGCGCGAACAAGACCGCGUCGCGGCCGCCAAGAAAGACCGGCUGGCUCGCGAGCAGGAUCGUGAUCGUGCGCGUGGCCAUAUGCCACGGAAUUCGGCUUACGGGGCGAAUUUCCCUCAGGGAUUAGGUCAUGGGAUGAUGGGUCGCGCGUGGCAGAUCCUGGGCAUGGAGCAUGAGGGGAGGAAGGCUGCUGCUGGUGCGGGCGCUGUUUCUCCUUCGGCUAUUGGGGUUGCUAUUAGUGAUGAGACUUUGGGAGGAGAGGGGGGUGUUGAUGUUGAUGUUGAUGGGGAUGGGGAAGCGGCGCUGGCGUCGUUUGAUUAG